GUGGUGGAACCACUACGGCCUCACCUCCUGGGCCUACUUCAACUCGUGGCCCGACCCUCCCUCCGGGACCACCUCCUAUUGGCACUUUCUUGCUCGAUGGAUCUGUGCCAAUUCUCGGCCCCGUAACAGGCAGGCUCGUUUCCUCUGAUGCUGACCCUGAUAAUCUUGUUAUUACAACAAU